AUGGAUGGACUCCGAGUAAGAAACUGAUCGAAACGUUAAUUUGAAACCAAAAAACAUGAACAGCAGGCGAAGCAAAUGCGACGUGACUAUGGGGAUUACGACGAAGAGAUGGAAGAAGAAGCAUCGAGCAGCAGCAGAACUCUCGCAGAGAACAAUCUCGUGGAGAAUUUCCGACUCGAGAACGACCCUUCCCGGUCGAACGGUGGAAACGAGAGAACGAAAAAGAAGUUAUCGAUCAAAAACUUCAAGUGUAAAAUAAUAAUUUUUCCUUCGCUCUAUGCAAUUAAGAAUUUCAGCGAGGAACAAUCAAGGAAUAAACAUAGACCAAAAUAACAUUGACGGUGAGUUUAUUGAUUGUAAACGGUGCCAAAUGAGUAUUCUUGUGUUAAGAUACGAAUGGCGCAGUAGGAAAAGACUGGGCAGUGCUGUCGGACAAUGUUCAUGGCAUUUUGGAGGACAGAAAGACCGUCAUCACUAUGGAGACACUAUUCAACGUUUGUGCUUUUUGCUAACUUUAGAAUAUUUACUCGUUUUCUUUGUAGAAAGUGAGAGCCGUGUGUGAUAGAGAGCAAGCGAAAUCUCUUUAUAACCGACUCGUUUCGAUUAUCCUAAAAUAUGCAAAACGUCUGAAAGAAUCGAUGGACGAAGAGGAGCAAAUGCCACUUUCCGAGGAAAACUGCGAAGAUUAUCUUGCCAAGUUCGGAAAAUUCUGGGAAACGUUUCCAGUCAAAAUCGUGAGCUUUGAAUCUAAGUAUAAUGAGUUUAUCAAUGUUUUCUUGUAGAAUUUAAUCAGAAACAUCUUCCUGUACCUGGACAGAAUGAUUCUGAGCUCCGGAGAUGCCGACCUUCUUCCGCUUUGGGAAUCUUCCAUGCAGAUUUACCAGAAGACGUUCUUUCCGCAAUUGAACAAUGAUUUCAAGUCUAUCAAACUGUUCGGUGCGAUCUAUAUGGCCAUGAACAGAAAAAUGCAGAGUUACACCGUCGACACGCCCCUUCGAUCGAUUGUCGAAAUGCUGCAGACGAUUCACGCUGGUGACGAGUUCCUCGAUUUCAUGCUGGCUAGAAUUCGUGAGCAGUACAACAAGGAGAGACUGAGCAAUGUGCCCGUUAUGACGGUUUGUGCGAGGGCUUCUUUUUACGAGUUAUUUUUUAAAUUUCAGUGUAACGAGUACAUGGAAUACGCCGAAGAAACAUUGAACCAACUGGGGAACAUGGUGAAGAUGGCAUUCGAGAACCCAUCCACUCUCGUUUCAGUGCAAAACACUGUUCUCAACUGUCUUAUCCAGCAGGCUAUCCCAGAGAUUCUGACUCAUGAGUUCGAUAAACUGCUCGAUUCUGGAAACGUCGAGCACGUUCGCCGAAUGUUUCAUUUGUGCCAUCAGUGCCCUGGCGGUGAGGAGCAAGUCCGUGCUCAGUUCUCAAAGUACAUGCGCCUGAGCGGAGACAAACUUGUCGCCUCAUGUCCGAACGAUGAUCUCGUUUCGGAGUUGCUCGCUUUCAAAAGGAAAAUGGAUAUCAUCGGUCUGUUCAAUAAAUGGUUCUUGAAAAUCUUUAAUUUUCAGUGAAAGACAGUUUCAAAGACGCUUCUGAUCAGACGAAAAUGAAACAGUGUCUUGCGGACGCCUUCGAGCAUUUUGUGAACAAAAACGUUGAACGAGCUGCCGAACUCAUCUGUAUGAAGCUUGAAGUUGUCAAUUUCAUCAAUAAAAACAUUACAGCAAAGCACUUCCAUGUCCUUCUGCACAGCGGAAACAAGAACGUGACAGACGAGCUGACUCUCGAUCAGAUGGUCGACGAGUCCGUCGUACUGUUCAGGUAUCUGCGAGGAAAAGAUGUCUUCGAGGCGUACUACAAAAGAGGUCUUUCGAAGAGACUUUUCAUGGAGAGGAGUGCUUCUGUCGACGCGGAGAAGAUGGUUUUGUGCAAACUGAAGACAGAAUGCGGCGCCGGAUUCACGUACAAACUGGAAGGAAUGUUCAAAGAUAUGGAUAUCUCCGAAAACCUCUCUGACCUUUUCGAGCAACAUCUGGAGCACUCGAACAAGGAAAAGGCAAACUUUUCGGUGCGGGUGAUCACUCCAGAAUAUUGGCCGACUUACGAAACGUACGAAAUCGACCUUCCGAAGGAAAUCAGAGACACUCUCACUGAUUACUCAGAUUCUACCGUCAACAACACGGAAAUCGCAAUGUGAAAUGGCACCACGGACUGGGAACAGCAGUGGUUUCGGCCGAGUUCCGUCCGAAUUGCAAGAAAGAGCUAAUGGGGACGUUGUACCAGGCGGUCAUUAUUCUGUUGUUCAACAAGUGCGACACGUGGACGGUGGACGAGAUCGUCGAGUGCACGAAAAUUCAGCCGAUCGAAGUGGUCAGAAAUGUGCUGGCGCUUUUGGGAGGUAGAGACAGACCGAGAAUUCUGCAAAAGGUUCUCCAGAACCCUACAGACAAGGUAAGAUUGAGCGGAAGGUGAAUUGAAUAAACAAGAAAUGAUUUCAGAAAGAGAGCACUGUGGAUUCUGUAAAGACCGAAACGUUCACAGUGAACACUGGAUUCACAGACAGACGCUGCCGAGUGAGAAUAACCCAAGUGAACAUUAAGACGGUGGCCGAAGAGAAGAAAGAUGUAGACAAGGAAGUCAAUCAGGACAGACAGUACCAGAUCGACGCGGCCGUCGUUCGAAUUAUGAAAGCGCGAAAGGAGCUGACUCACCAAGAGCUCAUGAACGAAGUUAUGGCUCAACUCAAGUUCGUUUUUCCAGGUAGACCUUCAAAUAAUAACCUUUAUUUCAGAUUCCCCCUGAAAGCAGCAGAUGUGAAGGUUCGUAUCGAAUCUCUCAUCGAAAGAGACUACCUCAGCCGUGACAACGACGAUGCCUCCAACUACAAAUACGUGGCAUGA